AUGGUUGAUCCGGGUGGCCAAGAGAGUGCGCGUGACAAUAGAGUGUUACAACGAACUAAAACUAUAGCUUUGGUAGCUCGGGAAAGCACUGUUACUCGAAUUAACUCAAUCGCCGAGCUGGCAAAAAAGGUCGAUAAAUCCCCGGAUUUAAUUCCGCAGUUUUUAGCAGCUGCUGAGGAUCUUGACUCGCUGUGGGACACCUUUGUUAGUCAGAACGCGGCUGUACUAGAAGCUCUACUGGAUCUAGAUGAAUCGCAUACGUACUCUACUUCACUCGAGGCCUAA